AUGAAUGAAACAUUUAAAUCACAAAGUGAUAAAUCAAUUUUUGUUGAUAAGGAUCAUACAACAAUCAAGACAAGUUCUAGUAGUUCAAAGAAGUCACAAAAGGAUAGUAAUCAAGAGAUUAAUUUUAAAAAAAGAACAAAGAAAAAAAAACAUAUGUUUGCUAUAGCAAAAUGGCUGAAAGGAAAUAGACAAAAUUCACAAACAUUGUUAAAUUCAUCAUUUUUAUCAAAAAAUAAAAAAACUGUUGCUUUUAAUGAAGAAAAUUAUACAAUAUCUGAAUCUUCAAUAACAACAUCUUCUUCUUCAACACAAGAACCUGAAGCAUUAGAUGGUGGUUAUGGAUGGGUUAUUGUUUUUUCAUCAUUUUUAAUACAUUUUAUUUGUGAUGGAAUAUCUUUUAGUUUUGGUGUAAUGUUUCCAGAACUUCAAACACAUUUUCAUGCAUCUAAAUUUUUGGCAUCAAUUCCCGGAUCAGUAUUUUUAUCAAUACCAUUACUUGGUGGACCAAUUGCUGCUGUUGUUACGGAUGUAUAUGAUUGUCGUAAUGUUACUAUUGCUGGUGGUUUAAUAGCUUCAAUUGGUGUAUUUCUUUCUUAUUUUUGUAAUGACAUUGCAACAUUUACAAUAACUUAUGGUAUUAUUGGUGGUUCAGGUUUAUGCCUUUGUUUUAAUACAGCAAUUGUUAUUGUUACAUAUUAUUUUGAAAAAAGACGGGCACUAGCAACAGCUAUAGCAUGUUGUGGUACAGGUGCAGGUACUAUAAUUAAUCCACCUGUUAUGGAAUAUUUAUUAUCAACAUUUGGUUGGUCUAAAUUUUUACUAUUUCAAGGUGUUUGGCUUCUUGGAUUAGUAUUUUGUGGUCUUAUUAUGAGAGAUGUUUCAUGGCCUCAAGAUACACAAGAAUAUAAAGAAAAAAAAUUUUUUAAAAGAAUGGAAAAGAAUAGAUUAAGAAUGGAAAAAAAGAAUAAGCUUAAUCAAGGUUUAUAUUCUAAUCAUAUCGCAAAAUCUCCAUUUAACAAUUAUACUUAUUUAAAUUGUCGAUUGGCACAAUCCCUUCCUGAAAUUCCAACUCAUAUACAAAUGCGAUUAAAAAAAAUGGAAUAUUCGUUAAGUAAUCAACAUUUAAAAAAUAUAGAUGAUAAAAAUCCGUCUGUUUGUAAAGAUUUACCACCAAUAAGAAGUAAAAGUUAUGGUUACUUUACAAGUAAAAAAAAAUUUAUGACAGAUUCUGAAAGGGAAACUGAUGUUAUAAAAAGAAUAGAGUCAACAUUUAUUGAAAUAGAAAACAAUCAUAAUUUAAAUCAUUUAUCCUUGGAAUGUGGAUCAUUAUAUAAUGGUAAACAUCAUCCAAAACAAGUUACUCCAUUAACCCAUUCAUUAAAUGCUCUUGAUUUAUAUUCAUAUGAUUCUGAUGAAGAUUUUGGUCUAACAUUAGAUGGUUCUUCUUCAUUAUCAACAACAGAAUCAUCUGAGAAUUGUUCAAAUGUAUCAUUAGAUGGAGAAUCAAGUAAAGGAAAAUCUCUCUUUGAAUCUGAAUCAUCUCCAGUAUUAAAAAAAGCAAAAAACAAUGAUUUUAAAGAAAGAAUGUCACUUUUACCACCAGAUGAUACAAAUGAUAUUAUGUCUCCAAGAGAUGCUUUUCUAAUGGCUCAUAGUAAUCAAAAAUUAGAAAAAACAAGGUUAACAUCAUUAAUAUCAGCUACAUUAACAUCUACUCAUGGUAGAGUACCAGCUACAAAUGCAAUGAUUGCUUGUGGUCAUCGUUUUAAUAGAUUAUCAUAUCAAGAUGCCUUUAGAAUUGAUCGUGUACCAUCAGCUCCAAAUAUUUACUUUAGAAGAAGAAGAAAAUAUCAAAAAGGUGUAUUAAAAAUUAAAAGAAUAUAUGAGUUUUUUAAAGAUACAGCAAUUGAAAAUUGGGAACUUCUUCAAAUAACUCAAUUUAGAAUUUUUUUGUUAAGUGUAUUUAUACUAUAUAUGUUUUUUGAUAUUCCAUAUGUCAAUUUACCAGAAUAUGCAGUUGAUACAUUAGGUGUUACAGAAAAUCAAUCAAGUUUUCUUAUAUCGUCUAUUGGAUUUUUUAAUAUGGUUUUUAUGUUAUUACUUGGAAUGAUUUCAGAUUGGAAAUAUACAAGAAAUAAAGUUUUACAAAUUUAUGGACUAUUUGUUGUUGCAGCUGGUGUUGCAGUACUUUUUGCUCCAUCUUCACCAAAUUAUAUCUGUUUAUUAAUAUAUGGUUCAUUAUUUGGUGGUUUUAUAAGUGCUAAUUAUGUUUUAGCAUCGGUUUUAACUGUUGAUUUACUAUCAUUUCAUUGUUUUCAAAGUGGAUAUGGUCUCUUAAAUUUAGCUCAAGGAUUCGGUAAUUUUAUUGGUCCAAGUUUUGUGGGAUUAAUGUAUGAUCAAACAGGAUCAUAUCAAAUAAUUUUUUAUAUUGGUAGUUGCGGCAUAAUUUUAUCCGGGUUAAUUGUAUUGUCAUUAUAUUACAUAAAAAGGAAGAACGCAAGGAAUAGUAAGAAAACUCAUUUCGCAGAUCCUUUGAUUGUUGAAUAA